AUGUAUAACUUGAGCUGUUACAACCCGGAUUCAUUUAUCCUUGUUGGCAUACCUGGCCUAGAGAAGUUCCACAUCUGGAUUGGAAUUCCCUUUUGUAUCAUCUAUGUUGUGGCCAUUGUGGGAAAUUGCAUCCUCCUCUACCUCAUUGCAGUUGAGCAAAGUCUUCAUGAACCCAUGUUUUUCUUCCUGGCUAUGCUGGCCAGCACAGACCUCAUUUUGUCCACUGCUACGGUACCCAAACUUCUCAGCAAUGUAUGGCUUAAAACCAAGGGAAUAACCUUCUCUGGUUGCCUCACCCAGAUGUUCUUUCUCCACUUCAGCUUUGUGGUAGACUCUGCCAUACUGUUAGCGAUGGCCUUUGAUCGCUAUGUGGCCAUCUGCUUCCCCUUGAGAUAUAACACCAUCCUGACUCCUCAGGUGAUCAUCAAACUUGUGGUCAGCAUUGUGGUGAGGAGCUUUUCUGUCAUCCUUCCAGAUGUUUUUCUGCUGAAACGGUUGCCCUUCUGUGGGACGAGGAUCAUCCCACAUACAUACUGUGAGCAUAUAGGUGUGGCGCGACUUUCCUCUGCUGAUAUAUCUAUCAACAUAUGGUAUGGAUUUGCUGUACCUCUUAUGACUGUCAUCUCAGAUGUGAUCUUCAUUACUAUUUCCUACACCUUCAUUCUCCGCGCUGUCUUUCAGCUCUCAUCCCGGGGUGCCCGCCAAAAGGCCCUUACCACCUGUGGAGCCCAUGUCUGUGUCAUCCUCAUGUUUUACACACCUGCUUUUUUCUCCAUCCUUGCUCAUCGCUUUGGACAUAGUGUCCCUAGACAUGUGCUCAUCUUAUUCGACAACCUCUAUGUGGCCAUCCCUCCUGCUCUAAAUCCUAUUGUUUAUGGAGUGAAGACCAAGCAGAUCCAGGAAAAGUUUAUCCUCCUCUUCUCUCUGAAGGAAAUGCAGUGA